GUUAUAGCUCUACCCUUUGUUGAUGAUGGACAUCCUCUUAGGCUUCUGUUUCCAUCUGUUCAUUAUGCUCUUUUGAUCCCUGCUUUCAUGGGACUUGGCUUUAUUGGAGGACUAAUAGUUUUUACUGUAUAUGCAAUUCACCAGCCAUGAAAAAGUGGCUUGUAAUUGGUGUCUCAGGUGUAACGUGUGGUGGGAAGACAACAGUUGCACGUUCUUUGCAUGAAAGCCUUCCAGGUUCAUAUCUCUUGUGCCAGGAUGACUAUUUUCUGCCUCCAGAUAGCAGCAAGCAUACAUGGAUCCCAACACUGAACCACAUAAACUGGGAGAUAAUGUCAAGUGUUGAUAUGAACAAAAUGUGGGCAGACAUUAAAAGAAUUACCCAGUUUAAUUUCCUGCAGCAUUUUAGCCAUUGCAAAAUACACAAAGAAAAAAGUAGUAAUGACCUACCACUGAUGAAUUUUGAAGCUUUAGCAGGUGAAUUACCAUUUCAUAUCGUAAUAAUUGAAGGAUUUUUGGUAUUGAAUUAUCAGCCAAUUGUGGAAAUUUGUCACUUAAAAUAUUAUUUAACACUCACCAGGGAUCAAUGCUGGGAAAGAAGGAAAGUUCGUAUCUAUGAUCCCCCUGAUGUACCUGGUUAUUUUGAUGUGUGUGUUUGGCCUGAGUAUGAAAAACACAGAGAUGAAGUUUUUCAGACUGUUGCUGAUGUUCAUAUUAUAGAUGGUACAAGAGAUGUGAGGCAAGUUGUGUCUAAUAUAUUUCUUGACAUAAUGAAAUAUAAGAAAAUUACCAUGUGAACUAUUUGGUUUAUCUCUAAUUUUCUUGAGAUUCAUGUAGCAAUGAAUAUUUUAUUGUAUUCACAAAACUUUCUAAGUCACUGUACAAGAAACUCAAAAUUGAGAAAGUAUAACAUAUAACACAAACUAUUUCUCAAUGUAUAGAUCCCCAAACAAGAUGGAAGUUAAAUAAAUAAAAACUAGAUUAUAAUGUUGUGUUUUUAGACAUCUAUGUCAAGACAUAGGAAUUUUAACAGGAUGUUCUUCAAAAUAAAUAAUGAAUUUGCACAUGGAAUCAGAUGUCCCUAUUUCCCAAAUAUUUGUUUCCUUUUAUAACACUGCAGUCCUUUGAUAAUAUUGCAGCUUCAAAAUUCUGUAAUUUCAUAUAAAGAAUACAGUAGAUAACCCCCUUUCAGUCUUGAUGUGCAAUAUAUUGGACAUAUUGUAAUAGCAAAUGAUUUCAUUCACCUUUUACACUCAGCAGCCUAUUUAUUGGACAUCUGUCACUUUUAGUUUCGCAGUUCUUGAUGACCUCUGUCGCUGGACUGGUGUACUACAUCAGAAAACAGUGAAGAUGGUGGACCCAUUGCAAAAUGCUCCAGGGAAGUCAUAUUUACAUAUUAAUUACUGCAAUAGGCACACUUCCUUGUGCUCGAAAGUGUUUGUUGAGAAAGAGUUAUCUGUGAAGAUUGAAUUUGUGGUAACUUUUGACUGCUUAUUUCAUAUUCUCAAGUACCUACCAGACCCAAUGUCCAGCAAGUGGAGCUGCACUGUGAACUGGUUUCUGCAGACUCCUUGUGAAACCAUGGCGGAUGCAUUCAGUGUCUGUGUCAGACACUCGGGGGACAGCCUGACGAUUUGCCUUUACACAAACAAAUGGUUUCUCGAAAUUGUUCAUUCCAUCAUCUAAUGCUCUGUGCUGUAGGGAGAUCCACACAUACCUAGCAUGAAAGUCACACUUUACAGUUAUUACUGACCCUCACUAUGCAAAAUGUAGAACACAAAAUGAUUUCUGUUGUCCCGACACCAUUUUUACUAAUACUAAAGUGGGAGCACAUUGCUGCUACCUAGUGGGAACCAUGUAAAACAAGAAUUUGCUCUUUUCAACAGUACUUUGGUCAUGCACAUAUCUCAAAUAACAUAAUAGCUACAAUUUUUUAAAAAUAGGAUGAUUCUUUUGAUACACCCCUUAUAUUGGUAUUUUUGAUUUUUUUUUUUUUUUUUUUUUUUUUUUUUUUUUUUUUUUUUUUUAACACAGAUUUUGCUUCUGUAGUGAUUAGUGACGAGAGACUGUUGCAUUGUCCCAAGCUUCCAAACAUACACUCUGCCCGCCACUCUCUCAUUGACUGCUUAGAACCUGCCACCUGACGUACCCCCUGUUAUUCCUGUCAUACCUCACAGUGAGCGUCGACAACAUUAUUGCGAAAUAUGUAACUACGCCACUGGACCCAAUCUAGACUUUUAGCGUAUGCUGCAGAAAUGUAUGCUUUUCUUGACUAUUUGUCGAAUUUUAAAGUCAGUUUGAUUCUGAGUUCAAAUUAAUUCAGGCAGACUGACGCUUACACAUGGUAGAUGUUCAUAAAAAGUCAAAGUACACAGUAUAGAUUCCCGUGGUUCGCAGCACGACGAAAUUUGCUGCCCUCUCAUGGUCCCCUCACCCCCCUCCCCCGAUACUCAUUGUAGACAUCAGCCAACCAGGUGACAUUCUUCCCCUUCGAACGCUUCCAUAGAGCUGUGCUUGUGGUACAUAAAUAAAAGAUUGCAGAUACAAUUCAGUCCCGCGUUUGGGUGACGUCUGUUGGAACUACCUCCGCAACAUGUCUUUCUACUGUAAUUUAUCCUUUCCAGUGUAAUUUAUUCUUGCGAUAACAGUUGUGAUCAAUUUAAUGCAAUUUAUUUUGUCUGUUAGGUAUUCAGUUCUGGAUUAAUUUUCUUUCUCAUUUCAUCUGAAUUUCACCAUCUUGUUCUAAAGCUGAUUAAAAGCUAGUGACAUUUUCCCUGGUAUUCUAAUGUAUAACAGUGAUGGAAUUUCUCAUUUGCAAUCCUCUUGGUAAAUCAUUUGGUACAGAAUCAAGUGAUGUUCUUUGAAGAACAAGAUUUUCGCCUUUGAACGUUACCUUUACUUAGAAACCAGCAUAAAUGUAUACAUAUAUUGUAUGAGAGCUUUUAUUGCACACCUGUCCAAAUAAAACAAAAGUUUGUAAGUUGAUAGAAUCUAAUGCUAUUGUCAGUUUUUAAGGAGAGCAUUAGGUUGUUGUAAUGGCUAAAUCAUAGUUACUUGCUUCAAAUGUCACAUGAUUGUUCAAGCAAGAUCGAUAAUGUAUUGAGCACUUCUGCAUAUCAGAAACUCUUGAGCCUAUUCGAAUGAAAGUAUUGUUUGCAAUACCCUUUGGAAUUCUUCAAAAUAAAUUUGUACGAAACCUCA